AUGGGGAAAAAUUGUCUGCUAAAUAGUUUAAUUGUGCGAAAAAGUUUCUACUUGCGCAAUAUGAGUAUUGACAUUGGAGGAAUGAGAAUAAGAUACAAAGAUAAGGAUGACACGUUUUUGGAGACACACUUAGUGUCUAAAGAACCUUUCGGUCAAUUCAAAGCAUGGUUUGAAGAAGCUUGCAGUAGAAAAGAAAUCUUAGAGCCCAAUGCUAUGUGCCUAGCCACCGUUUCAAAGGAAGGGUAUCCUUCAGCAAGGUUUGUUUUAUGUAAAGGCUAUGGUAAAGAUGGGUACAAAUUCUUCACAAACUAUGAAAGUAGAAAAGCUAAGGAGAUGGCUGAAAAUCAAAAUGUGGCUGCAACAUUCUAUUGGGAGGUAUUGAAUAGAUCAGUGCGAAUUGAAGGUUAUGUGGAAAAACUUUCUGAUGAGGAGUCUACUACAUAUUUCCAUUCACGUCCUGUGCCUAGUCAAAUUGCAGCGUGUGCUAGUUACCAAAGUACUCCAAUCGAAUCUAGAGAUAUUCUCUGUGACCGUGAAAGAAAAUUAGAAGCUGAAUAUAUGAUACCCCAAAAGGAAGUUCCUAGGCCAAGUUAUUGGGGUGGUUAUAUUAUUCGUCCUAGAGCUGUUGAGUUUUGGCAAGGACAAAGAGAUCGCCUGCAUGAUAGAAUUAAAUUUAGGAAACCAUUAAAUAAAGAAGUACCAGAUGGAAAAUUUCUCCAUGAGGGAGAAGAUGGAUGGGUAUAUGAGAGAUUAUCACCUUGA